AUGAUUGCAACAACUUUUAAAAAACCAUCGGAGAUGAUUCCAAUCACUGAAUUGGAUAAUGACGCGUUGGAGAAGUUAGCUGCUGUUAGUAUUCCAAAAGACUUCAAUAGAUUAACUGCUAAGGGAUAUAUUAAAGAAUUAUUACGUUGUUUCAGUAUUAAUACCACCAAUUAUCAACAAUUUAAGAAAAAGAACUGUCAAGUUGAAAAAGAAUUAGAUGAAAUCAUAAUUAAGUUUUUAAAUCAAACAACAGCUUACUUUAUCAAUUAUUUUGAAACUGCUGAUUAUAAUUUAAAAGAUUUAAUAUUAUUCAAUAAGAAUAGAGAUUUUAUUUUCAUCAAAAAUGAAUUUAUCAAAUCAAUCGAAUUUAUCAACUCAAAAUGUUCAAGUGAAUCUGGGUUUGAAUUAGAUUUAGUUAAAAACCAUUUAUUUAAUAUUGGGAAUAAUAUGAAGAAAUUUAUUAUCUUAAAUCCUGAAUUAUCAAAUUUAUAUUUUCAAUAUAAAUCAUUUUUACAACCAUCACAAGAAGAAUUAGAAUUGAAUCAAAAUGGGAACGACAACAAUGACACAAAUGAUAUUCAUGAUUAUGAUAAUGAAAUUAAUCAAAAGGCAAGAUUUAAAUCUUAUGAAGCCAAAAAGAAAUUAAAAAUAUUUUAUAAUUUUAUUUACGAAGAUUUUUUACUUUUUGAAGAAAGAUUAAAUAAAGGUGAAUUAAGAAAGUUAAAUGUGUAUCAAUUAUAUAAAAUUUUGGGUAUUGAUAUUUCUAUCUAUAAGAGAAUUGCUAGAGAAUAA